AUGGAAGGUUGUAGGAGAAUAAUAGAUUUUGAUGGGUGUUUUAUAGCCUGGGCAGUUGUUGACUCAGAGACUAAGCAUAGUUGGAGUUUUUUCAUUAAUUACUUGAAAGAGGAUCUACAGUUGGGUACUGGAGAUGGUCUUACUGUGAUGGCAGACAUGCAAAAGGGUUUUCAUGCUGCUGUAGAAGAAUUGUUACCCGAUACUGAGCAUAGGAGACGUGCAAGACACGUCUGGUCCAAUUGGCAUCAAGAAUGGAAGGGUGAAGAGAGAAGAAAACAAUUUUGGAGAUGUUCUAAGGCCAUUUUUGAAGUGAAAUUCAGGUCAGAGCUUGAUAAAAUGAGCAAACUUGGUAAUGAUAAUUGUGAUGAUUUAUUGCAUUAUCCAGAAAAAUCAUGGGUGAGGGCACACUUUAAAGAGCAUUCUAAGUGUGAUGUUGUUGAGAAUAACAUGUGUGAGACCUUCAAUUCAUGGAUCUUGUCUUGUAGACACAAAUUAAUUAUAACCAUGUUGGAGGAAAUUAGGAGAAAGAUAAUGACUAGACAAUGUGAUAUGAUUAAGUUUGCCAACACUUGGAUAUCUGAGAUUUCACCUAUGGCUAGACUUACCUUAGAGGAUAAUAAGGAAAUGGCUAGGGGCUGCAAGGUUCUUUGGAAUGCUGAUGUUGGAUUUGAGAUUGGAGAGGAACUAGAGCCUGAACACUUUGUGGAGCAUUGGUAUAGGAAGGAUACAUUCUUAAAGGCAUAUAGUUAUUUCAUCCAACCAAUUCCAAAUAUGAAGAUGUGGCCUGAAACAAACAAUCCAAAGAUUGAGCCUCCUACACCUAAACCAAUGCCUGGCAGGCCGAAGAAGAAAAGAACAAAAGGAAAAGAUGAACCAAAAAAGAUGAGGUAUGGAAAGGUGUCCAGAAAAGGGGGGAAAAGAACUUGUUCAAAGUGUCAUCAACAAGGACAUAACAAGAAAUAUUACAAGGUGCAGAAGCAUCUAGCCAAAGUUUACAACACCCUGCAGAAGCACCUAGCCAAACUGCACCUACAAGCUUAA